GGCCGCCGGCGGCUUUUUUUUUAAGAGGGUGGGGGUGGGGGCUGAUUGCCGGUCGUUUGUUGUGGCUGUUAAAUUUUAAACUGCCAUGCACUCGGCCUCCAGUAUGCUGGGAGCCGUGAAGAUGGAAGGACACGAGCCGUCCGACUGGAGCAGCUACUACGCGGAGCCCGAGGGCUACUCCUCCGUGAGCAACAUGAACGCCGGCCUGGGUGUGAACGGCAUGAACACGUACAUGAGCAUGUCGGCGGCCGCCAUGGGCAGUAGCUCGGGCAACAUGGGCGCGGGCUCCAUGAACAUGUCCUCGUACGUGGGCGCUGGCAUGAGCCCGUCCCUGGCCGGCAUGUCCCCGGGCGCCGGCCCCAUGGCGGGCAUGGGGGGCUCUGCCGGCACGGCCGGAGUGGCGGGCAUGGGCCCGCACCUGAGCCCCAGUUUGAGUCCACUCGGGGGGCAGGCGGCAGGGGCCAUGGGAGGCCUGGCGCCCUACGCCAACAUGAACUCCAUGAGCCCCAUGUACGGGCAGGCGGGGCUGAGCCGCGCGCGAGACCCCAAGACCUACAGGCGCAGCUACACUCACGCCAAGCCUCCCUAUUCCUACAUCUCACUCAUCACCAUGGCCAUCCAACAGAGCCCCAACAAGAUGUUGACACUGAGCGAGAUCUACCAGUGGAUCAUGGACCUCUUCCCCUUCUAUCGGCAGAACCAGCAGCGAUGGCAGAACUCCAUCCGCCACUCGCUGUCCUUCAAUGACUGUUUCCUCAAGGUGCCGCGCUCCCCGGACAAGCCCGGCAAGGGCUCCUUCUGGACCCUGCACCCCGACUCGGGCAACAUGUUCGAGAACGGCUGCUACCUACGCCGGCAGAAGCGCUUCAAGUGCGAGAAGCAGCUGGCACUGAAGGAGGCGGCGGGUAGCGGCAAAAAGGGCGCGGGGACUCCGGCCACCCAGGCCCCGCUGGGGGAGCCCUCUGGGCCUGCCCCAGAGACGCCGGUGGGCACCGAGUCACCACACUCGAGUGCCUCGCCGUGCCAGGAGCACAAACGUGGGGCCCUUGGGGAGCUGAAGGCGCCCCCCUCCGCAACGCUGAGCCCCCCGGAGCCCGCGCCUUCCCCGGGGCAGCAGCCCUCGGCGGCAGCACACCUGCUUGGGCCGGCACACCACCCUGGCCUGCCGCCCGAGGCGCACCUGAAGCCGGAGCACCACUAUGCCUUCAACCACCCCUUCUCCAUCAACAACCUCAUGUCCUCCGAGCAGCAGCACCACCAUAACCACCACCACCACCAUCAGCCGCACAAAAUGGACCUCAAGGCCUAUGAACAGGUGAUGCACUACCCCGGCUACGGGUCCCCCAUGCCUGGCAGCUUGGCCAUGGGCCCCGUCACGAACAAAGCGGGCCUGGACGCCUCGCCCCUGGCGGCGGACCCUUCCUACUACCAGGGCGUGUACUCGCGGCCCAUCAUGAACUCCUCCUAAGAGGACUGCUGCAGGCCCGCCUCUAACAGCUCGGUGCAAAGGACAAGAGACAGAGGAAGCCGGUAGAGGCUUCAGGGAGGGGGCUUCCAAGAGGUGCAAGGGAGGAGAGACCCAGGAGGCCUCUGCCCCACACAGCCGUUCUGUCCUGGCUCACGUUCUCCCUCCGCAGCCUGCGCUCCCCACGGAGGGACACACGAAUGCCCAUCUUUUCAUAUAAGAAAGGAGCGGGAAAUAGGAAGCAUAAAAAAGAGGAAAAGAAAAAAAAAGCCUUCGGUUCCCACUACCCUGUAGACUCCUGCCUCUCUAAGCACCUGCAGACCCCGGAUUUUUGUUGUUGUUGUUGUUCUCCUCCAUUGCUGUUGUUGCAGGGAAGAUUUACUUUAAAAAAAAAAAAAAAAAAAAAAAAAACAAAAAACUUUUGUGAGUGACUCGGUGUAAAACCAUGUAGUUUUAACAGAGAUCCAGAGGGAUGUACUAUUGUUUAAAAAGACAGAAAAAAAUGAUGUAAGGGUCUGUUGUAAAUGACCAAGAAAAAGAAAAAAGCGCAUUCCCAUUCUCGACAAGGUGAAAUCCAGGUCUCGGGUCUGAUUAAUUUAUGGUUUCUGCGUGCUUUAUUUAUGGCUUAUAAAUGUGUAUUCUGGCACCAAGGCCCAGAGUUCCACAAAUCUAUAUUAAAGUGUUAUUGCCGGUUUUAUCCCUUGAAUCUUUUCUUCAAGGUUUUCUUUCUUUCUCCUCUUUUUCUUUUCUUUUUUAUCUGACUUUAAAAAUAAACAGAUAUAAAAUGAUUCCAGGGAGGGAGGUAGAUCCUGGUCGGUGGUAGGGUUUUGUGUGGUUGGGGGGAGCAAGCCGGUGUUGUUUUCCCAGCAUUUUAUUAAAAUGUCAAAGUUAA